UUGGAAAAAUGUUGUUUAGUGUAUUGUUGUAGUAUUAUCUUUUGAAAUUUCGGAUCUUCCAUGGAAAUCUGGUGUCUCGUUUUGGAAAUUCAAAAAUCUUGAGUGACAUAGUUGCUAUCGGUUUGAGAAUAUGGAGGGAUUGGAGAGAGUGUGGGAGUCUGGGAGGAGAAUUAGCAACAAUUUGAGUAGAAACUUGAGUAAUAGUAGUGGAGGAUCACAGAGACGGAGAAUUGAUGAGGACGAAGAAGCUCUUCGAUGGGCAGCCCUUGAGAAGCUGCCAACUUAUGACAGGCUCAGAACUGCAAUUAUGCAGAGCGUUAUCCAGGAAAAUGAUAAAACGCUUCACAAGGAAGUGGACGUUCGUAAGCUUGGGUUCGAUGAGAGGCAGAUUAUCAUUGAUCGCCUCUUCAAAGUCGCAGAGGAAGACAACGAAAAGUUUUUGCGAAAGCUUAGAGCUCGAAUUGACAGAGUUGGCAUCCAGCUUCCGACUGUAGAAGUACGGUUUGAAAAUUUAAGAGUGGAUGCAGAGUGUUACGUAGGUGGAAGAGCUUUGCCCACUCUAUGGAAUUCUGCCAGAAACUCUGUAGAAUCCUUGUUAGACACCUUUGGCCUUUCACACAAUAAGAAAGCAAAUCUUACAGUUCUCAAGGACGUCAGUGGAAUCCUCAAGCCAUCUCGGAUGACUCUGUUGUUGGGUCCCCCUGCGUCUGGAAAGACAACGUUGCUGCUUGCUUUGGCUGGGAAAUUAGACCCCAGCUUGAAGGUGAAGGGGAAUGUCACUUACAAUGGCCAUAGGCUGGAGGAGUUUGUCCCUAGGAAAACAUCUGCUUACAUAAGUCAGCAUGACUUACAUGUCGGAGAGAUGACAGUGAGAGAAACUAUAGAUUUCUCUGCUAGGUGCCAAGGUGUGGGGGAUAGAUAUGAGCUGCUUUCAGAGAUUGUUAGAAGGGAGAAAGAAGCUGGAAUCUUCCCAGAGGCUGACAUGGAUCUUUUCAUGAAAGCAACAGCAAUGAAAGGUGUUGAGAGCAGCCUUCAGACUGAUUACAUUCUCAAGAUUCUGGGUUUGGACAUUUGUGGAGACACAGUUGUUGGCAAUGACAUGAUAAGAGGAAUCUCUGGUGGACAAAAGAAGCGUGUUACAACUGGGGAGAUGAUUGCUGGGCCUACAAAAACUCUUUUCAUGGAUGAAAUAUCUACAGGAUUAGACAGUUCUACCACAUUUCAGAUAGUCAAAUGCCUGCAACAGUUUACCCAUCUAAUGGAUGGCACAAUUCUCAUGUCUUUGCUUCAGCCUGCACCUGAGACAUUUGACCUAUUUGAUGAUAUUCUACUCCUAUCAGAGGGCUAUAUUGUUUACGGUGGACCUCGGGAGAAUGUACUGGAGUUUUUUGAAAGCUGUGGAUUCAAAUGCCCCGAGAGAAAGGGCAUUGCAGACUUCUUACAGGAGGUCACGUCAAAGAAGGACCAAGAACAAUACUGGAUAGAAAAGAGCCGACCUUAUCAGUACGUACCUGUGAAGGAAUUUGCAUUUACGUUCAAGCAGUUUCAUGCAGGUCGUUUGUUGGAAAAUGAGCUAGCAGUACCAUACGAGAAGAACAGAAGUCACAAAGCAGCUUUGGUCUUUAGUAAACACUGUGUACCCAAACUGGAGAUCUUCAAAGCCUGUUUUGCCAAAGAAUGGCUUCUGAUCAAGCGCAAUUCCUUUACUUACAUCUUCAGGAUUGUGCAAAUUUUAGUUUUAUCAUUCAUUGCAUCAACUGUAUACUUGAGGACCGAAAUGCAUCACAAAACUCACGAGGGUGCAAAUAUGUACCUCGGAGCACUCUUUUUCGGCCUCCUCAUCAACAUGUUCAAUGGUUAUGCAGAAUUAGCAUUGACAAUCUUCAGGCUUCCAGUGUUCUUCAAGCAGAGAGAUCUGCUCUUUUACCCCGCAUGGGCGUUCACUCUUUCUACCUUCAUAUUGCGAAUCCCAAUUUCAUUACUGGAAGCUGGCAUAUGGGUGCUGAUAACUUACUAUACAAUUGGGUUUGCCCCUGAAGCUAGCAGGUUUUUUCGACAAUACCUUUUAAUGUUCCUCGUUCAUCAGAUGGCAUCAUCCUUGUUCAGCUUUAUUGCCGGAAUAUGCCGGUCAAUGAUCAUAUCGAACACCGGAGGAACUGUAUGUCUGCUUUUAAUUUUCAUGCUUGGAGGAUUCGUUCUCCCUAAAGAUAGUAUUCCGAAGUGGUGGAUGUGGGGCUACUGGUGUUCACCUUUAACGUAUGCACAGAAUGCUAUCACUGUAAAUGAGAUGCUUGCUCCUAGAUGGCAAAUUGUAAGUCUUCGAUCUUUUGCAGAAAAUACAACAAAUUUGGGUGAAGCAGUGAUGGCGAGUCGUAGCAUCUACCCAAUGGGAUAUUGGUAUUGGCUAGGAGCUGCUGCACUGUUGGGGUUUUCACUACUCUUCAAUGUGCUUUCCACUUUUGCUCUUGCAUAUCUAAAUCCUCUUGGCAAACCUCAAGCUGUUAUCCCCAAGGAAGUUCUAAAUGAAAUGCAAGACCAAGAGAAUGGAACAGAACAGGGUCUAAUUAUGUCAAGGUCUCUGCCACGGUCAUUGUCUUCUGCAGAUGGCAGUGGUACUUUUGAAAAGCAGGUCAGAAGAGUGAAUAUCUCAUCAACUAGUCUGAAAGGCAACAUGGAGUCAGAAUUGGAGACUACAACAAGAGUCAAACGAGGAAUGGUUCUACCAUUUCAGCCACUAACCAUGUCUUUCGAGGGUGUCAAUUACUUUGUUGACAUGCCUCCGGAAAUGAGGGAACAGGGAGUCACUGAAGAAAGGCUUCAGUUGCUCCGAGAUGUUACAGGGGCAUUUAGACCUGGUGUUCUUACCGCAUUGAUGGGAGUUAGUGGUGCUGGGAAGACAACUCUCAUGGAUGUCUUAGCUGGAAGAAAAACUGGAGGACAUAUUGAGGGCGAUGUUCGAAUCUCUGGAUUUCCCAAAAAGCAAGAGACUUUUGCUCGAAUUUCUGGUUACUGUGAGCAAACUGAUAUACAUUCUCCUCAAGUCACUGUGUGGGAAACAUUAAUAUAUUCGGCAUUUCUCCGUCUCCCAAAAGAUGUUGAAGAUGAAACCAAAACUGCAUUUGCUAAUGAGGUAAUGGAACUUGUGGAGUUGGAGAAUUUAAGGGAUGCUUUGGUAGGCCUACCUGAUGUCUCUGGAUUGUCAACUGAACAAAGAAAAAGGCUGACAAUUGCUGUGGAGCUUGUUGCAAAUCCCUCUAUAAUUUUUAUGGAUGAGCCCACUUCUGGAUUAGAUGCAAGAGCUGCCGCAGUUGUCAUGCGAACUGUUCGUAAUACUGUUGAUACUGGAAGGACUGUCGUCUGUACAAUUCAUCAGCCUAGCAUUGACAUCUUUGAAGCAUUUGAUGAGCUACUUUUGAUGAAAAGAGGUGGACAAAUCAUUUACAAUGGACCAUUAGGCCACAACUCUCACAAGCUUGUUGAAUAUUUUGAGGAUAUUCCAAAUGUACCAAAGAUCAAGGAUAAAUAUAAUCCUGCUACAUGGAUGUUAGAAGCUAGCUCUUUUUCUUCUGAACUUCGUCUGGGGAUAGACUUUGCAGAGCACUACAGGAACUCUUCUCUCUAUAAGUAUAACAAAGAAUUGGUAACAGAGCUCAGUACUCCACCUCCAGAAGCAAAGGAUCUUUACUUUCCAACUCAGUAUUCUGAGUCAUUUUUGGGGCAAUUCAAGUCAUGUUUGUGGAAGCAAUGGUGGACUUACUGGCGUAGCCCUGAAUAUAACAAUGUUAGAUACUUCUUCACACUUACCUGUGCCUUAUUCAUUGGAACAAUCUUUUGGAGGAUCGGCAGAAAACGGGACAACGACACAGAUCUUUUUAUCAUUGCGGGUGCCUUAUAUGGAGCUGUUAUAUUCUUAGGGGUCACUAACUGUUCAACUGUGCAGCCUGUCGUCGCAGUAGAGAGAACUGUAUUUUACAGAGAAAGAGCUGCAGGAAUGUACUCUGCAAUGCCCUAUGCUCUGGCUCAGGUGGUUAUUGAGCUCCCAUACAUACUCGGCCAGACAGUUAUGUACACUAUUAUUGUUUACAGUAUGGUUAGCUUUGAGUGGACAAUUAAGAAGUUCUCCUGGUUCUUCUUUUCCAACUACAUGACAUUUCUGUACUUCACCUUUUAUGGGAUGAUGACAGUCUCAAUUACUCCAAACCAUCAAGUGGCCUCAAUUGUGGCUGCAAUAUUUUAUAGCAUCUUCAGUCUAUUCUCAGGAUUCUUCAUUCCCAGACCGAAAAUCCCAAAAUGGUGGGUUUGGUACUACUGGAUAUGCCCUGUUGCAUGGACUCUGUAUGGGCUCAUUGUUCCACAGUAUGGAGACGUCACAGACCAAUUGCAAGUGAAUGGUGAAGGAUUCAAACCACUAAAUCAAUUUCUAGAGGAUUACUUUGGAUACAAGCACGAUUUCUUAGGUGCAGUAGCUGCAGUGCUUGUUGGAUUCCCAGUAUUAUUUGCAUUUAUCUUUGCAUAUUGCAUCAAGGUGUUGAAUUUCCAGAAAAGGUGAAAACAGAGGAGCAGCAAAACAUAGUAUGAUUCUGAUAUUCCACCGUUUGGAUUGGGCUACCUGAAAAGCUGACGAUAUACCUGCCUAUGGUGUAAGCUUAAUAUAUUUAUGUAAAGACUGCAAUUCAAUAGAGGCUGCAAAAAACAGAGAGACAAAUAACAGCAAGGUUUGCAAAAAUCACAAGAUCGCGAGGAAAAAGCAGCCAUUCAUCAUCAAAAUCAUGGCAAGGGUUACAUCUUCCUAAAGCAUAUCUCACAAAUAAUUUUUGUCUUCUGGAUCUGUAAGACGAAAUCAAUCUGUUAAUC